AUGAUCUGUACGCUGACCUUAAGUUCUCCCCCACCUAAUCACUUCAUUAUUGGAGAAUCAACUGUCUCUAAACACACAAUCUCUUUCGCCAAAUGUGGGGAGGAAUACCACGUGAUUUAUUCUGGAUUGUACGUAAAGUUUGAAAUUCCUGACCUGGAAUAUAUCAGACAAUUAAAUGACGAGUCCAAAAGUACGCCGAAUUACUUUAUCUUAUUUCGGUCGAAACUUCAACAAUGUAUUUCGGCUUUAGGAUUAAACACCGAAUGGGUGUUUAUGUCUGAGAUCUCUAAAAAAUUAUGGUCUGAUAUUAAAAAAAAUGAUGAAGAGCUGGUAAAGUCCAUUCGUAAUGCAUAUAAAAUAGGCAGUGUACGCAAGAAAACGAGGAUUCGUUUUAAACCUUACGAUUACAAACAAAAAAAUUCCAAUAAAUCAAACGGCAGCGAACAGCAUCUUGAAACUUCACCCGAAACUCUACAUAUGAGAGAACGUGUCUCAUAUGUUAACCACGACAACUUCUUUAAUAAUCAAGGCGUAACUUUUGAACACCUAUUAAGAGAAUUAUUCGGAAUAUAUUAA